GGUAGAUGGGUCGACGUGGGACACCCGGCUCCUGCCGGGAGGCGCGGGGGCGGGUACGAUCACCUCGCGGGCCGAGCCACUCGGACCGGAAAAGCACAGCGCCGUCGCCCCUGCGGCUGCGCGAUGGUACAGCCCGGCUGGGUAAAGCAGGCCGGCGGUGCUGGCGGCCAAGGAGGCGGUAUGGGGCUGCGCGCGGGUGGAGCGCUCCGGCGGGUGGGCACGGGGUCGGGGGCGCCGGAGGGACAGGAACCCGGCGGCGCUCAGGGAGGCAGCAUCCACUCGGGCUGCAUCGCCGCGGUGCACAACGUGCCAAUGAGCGUGCUCAUCCGGCCGCUGCCAUCCGUGCUGGACCCGGCCAAGGUGCAGAGCCUCGUGGACACGAUCCUGGAGGACCCUGACAGGGUACCCCCCAUCGAUGUCCUCUGGAUCAAAGGGGCCCAGGGUGGUGACUACUACUACUCCUUCGGGGGCUGCCACCGCUUCGCCGCCUACCAGCAGCUCCAGAGAGAGACCAUCCCUGCCAAGCUCGUGCAGUCCACCCUUUCAGACCUGAGGGUGUACCUGGGUGCGUCCACACCAGACUUGCAGUAGGAACCUCCGGGUCACCCUGCCCCCUGCACACCAGCACCACCUUCCAGAGCCCAGAAGACACACGUGGCCCCCAGUGGCUGGAAGCUGUAGCAGGGAUAUGUUCUCUUUAUACCCGAGGAGAGAGGUCUGCCUCACGGUGCCUCUGUACUAACCCACAGGCCCAGGAACGAGGGGGCCCAGCUCCCCUGUCUGGGAAAAGAUCUCAUGGCCUUGACCCUCAAGGCGCACCGAGAGGAGGAAGUGAGAAAGGAGAUGGGCAUGGGGACAAGGACGCCCUCCGCUUUGAUCUCUGUGAUAGCCUAUCACUACAUGAACUAGGUACUAGGAAGUAGGGGAAACCUUAGGUCACCAUGGUUUCAGUGAGAGAGGCUUGUUUCCCCCAUAGCCUGAAUCCUGGAACAGAUGACUCACACAGUAUUGUGUCAACUGCUCAGGGAAGGUGGGGCCUCCUCUAGGCAACCCUUUGGCCUUGCCCUCCUUACAUCAUGGUCACAAGAUCUCUAGGAAUCAAGGAAGAAACCCACUGGACUAACUUCUAUCAGAAAGGAAACCCUCAUUCAGAGUAUCUGCACGGUCUCCUUGGUCAAAGCUAGCCACCAGUGCCACCCAUAGUUGCAAAGGGAACACUGUCACAGCUGAGCGUGACUGCCUUGUUCAUCCCUUGGAUUCGGCACUGUGCCUCCUGCAAUUAAACUGGGGUCUCAUUAGCAGGAGAGGAAGAAGUGUGUAUUAGUGAGCCCCAUUGCUAUGAAACAAGCCAUUCCCAGACUUAACAGCUAAAGCAAGUAUUCAUUUACCCAUGACUCUGUGGUGAGCACUUGGAUAGCUCUGAUGGUAUGGCCUGGUCCUCCUCAUGAGCCUACCGGCAGCUGUCACCUCAGCUGGGACUGGCUGGGCUGGGAUCAUUACUUAUUCUUGUGGCAUAUGUUGGCUGGACCGGCUUGGUCAUCCUUGUUGCCUCUCUAGCGGGUCAGCUCAGGCUUAUUCUUAUUCAGAGUUCCAAGAAUGAGAGUAAUAGUGACAAGACAGGUACCAGAGCAGUGGAUCCCUGCUAAGAGCACCGACAUGGUAACUCACGACUGUGAUCCCAGUUCCAGUUGUCAUGGCAUCCUCUUCUGGCCUCUGUGGGCACCAAACACAUGGUACACAGACAUACACACUUGCAAGCAAAGCACCCACAUACAUAGUUUUCGCUUUGUUUUGUUUAAGGUGACAAGAUUUCCUCAGCCCUUGUGCCAGGACAAUGUCAUUGCUGCUGAGUUCAUUCCUCAGAUUCAAGGGGUACAGAUGGGCCCCAGCUCUCAACGGGAGGAACUAUAAAAAACAUGGGGCUGUUGUUCAUUCAGCACAGACAAAUCUUGGUGGGCAAGUGACAGCAUUUCUUGUUCACACACACACACUCCUCAAACAGAAGGUCUUGCCAAGUCUUAACCUUUAAGUUACUGAUUUUGGGACCUAGAAGUAGUCGUGGCAUGGCGUCUCCAAGAGCUGGGUACCUCACCCUCAAGGAUGACUCACUAGCAGCAUGGGGUGGACAAUGGGACCUUCCAGAAGGGCUUCUGCAAACCAAGAGUCCUGGAGGCUGAGGAGAGGCAGCAGAAGCAGCAGAGUCAGGUGGCACUUGCUGCUGCCUUGCCCAGAAAGCUGUCACUUGUCACUUUCUGUUUUCCCAGCUCAACAGUGAGGUCAACAGCUUUCUCACCCACUGAGUGUCCCAGCAAAUGAAAUUGAAAGGGAUAAAAUGUGACAUGGUACUUGAAUUGAAUCUUGGGACCAAAAAGGGAUGAGGGAGCAUUAGCAGGUCAACCAGGAACUUACUCAGUCUGGGUUUUAGUUAUCCUCCAGUUUGGGCGAUCAAACUGCUGGGGUGGGCUGGGUGAAGAAUAUAUGGGAACUCUUUAGUCUCUGCAACUUUUCUGUAAAUCUAAAGUCAUUCCAAAAUAAAAGUUUAAUUAAAAAAACCCA